UACAGAGCGAGAUGCAGCGUACCGACUUUCAGGAGUGUCGUUUGCGUGUGGAAGCGAUUAACCGAAACAUGUAAAUAAACGAAUCGCCUUAAAAUAAAGUUUUACUUAAGCCUGGGAAACCGAAUGAGAGUGGGAAAACGCAAAGGACUAGCUAAUUCACAAGGAAUAUUUGUUUAACAUUCUCCAAGGGAUAAAGACGAAGAAGCGCUGGUUAAGACGAUUCGAUUAAAUCACACCAUCGAAGGCGGUUCUCUCUCUCUGGUUCCCCCUCCUCCCUUGUGUAGACAAUGAGGUCCGUGGUAUUGCUGGUCCUGCUGGUGACCUGGGCAGGUGCCACACGCUUUGCCCGGGAUACGACACAGAGGAGCCCCCGGGAAGGGCCGGUUGGAGUACCGGCCCCGGCGGGAAACACGUCCUCACCAGAAGCCUCAGCGGCCAAGCCUGCCCCACCCCGAGUCCCCUUCCCGCCAAUGUGCGUCAAGCCGACAGAAAUCAAGAAUGCCUUCAAGUAUGUCAACACGGUGGUCUCCUGCCUGAUCUUCGUGGUGGGCAUCAUCGGUAACUCCACCCUGCUGCGCAUCAUCUACAAGAAUAAGUGCAUGAGGAACGGCCCCAACGUGCUGAUAGCCAGCCUGGCCCUGGGUGACCUGCUGUACAUCCUCAUCGCCAUCCCUGUCAAUGUUUUCAAGCUGCUGGCGGAAGACUGGCCGUUUGGGGUUCACAUCUGCAAACUGAUGCCAUUCAUCCAGAAAGCAUCAGUGGGUAUCACUGUGCUCAGCCUCUGUGCCCUCAGUAUCGACCGGUACCAUGCAGUGACGUCAUGGAGUCGGGUGAAGGGCAUGGGCAUUCCGCUGUGGAAGGCAGUGGAGGUGACCCUGAUCUGGCUGGUUGCCGUGGUGCUGGCUGUCCCUGAGGCGCUGGCGUUCGACAUGAUGGAGAUGCCGUACCGCGGGAGCAAGCUGCGUGUCUGCCUGCUCCACCCCCAGCAAAGCACACCCUUUAUGAAGUUCUACCAGGACGUGAAGGACUGGUGGCUGUUCGGCUUCUACUUCUGCCUGCCUUUGGCGUGCACGGGCGUCUUCUACACCCUCAUGUCCUGUGAAAUGCUGAGCCGCAAGAACGGGAUGCGUAUUGCCCUCAACGACCAUAUGAAGCAGCGCAGGGAAGUGGCCAAAACCGUGUUUUGCCUAGUGGUGAUUUUCGCUCUGUGCUGGCUGCCCCUUCACCUCAGCCGCAUCCUGAAGAAGACUAUCUACGAUCAGAACGACCCGAACCGAUGUGAGCUCCUCAGUUUUCUGCUGGUGAUGGAUUACAUCGGCAUCAACAUGGCCUCCCUCAACUCCUGCAUCAACCCUGUGGCGCUCUACUUUGUGAGCCAGAAGUUUAAGAACUGCUUUCAGUCUUGUCUGUGCUGCUGGUGCCAAAGAAAAUCAAGGGACAUCUCUCCAACGGACGAGCGGGGCUCCGGGGUCCGCUGGAAGGGGUACUGCCACGAGAACGGCCUGGACAGGACCAGCUCGAGGUCCAGCCAAAAGUACAGCUCUACCUAAGAGCCCAGCGCACCCAGGGGCUGGGAGGGCAGCGGGGGUGGACACAUGGACACAAAGCCAAGUCCAGUCCGGCCCAGCUUUGGCACACGCUAUCGCGUGGGCCGACCGGGUAACUCACAGCCCUAACAAACAAAAGCACCUGCAACAAUGAGGCAUGCCUCAAUGUGGGAUUCCCAUCGAGCAGAAUGGGCUGCAGCCACACUGUACUGGAUUCACUGUGGUGCAACAGCAAGAUAAGCAGAUCCGCUAUUUAAAACUGUAUAAAUGUGCUUCCUGUAGUAAAGCCUCACAAAAUUCCUGCUGGAAGAUCUGACUGAAAUUGUUUCCCUCACCCAUUGCUUACCAAGUGGUUAUGAAAGCAAAUACACACACACACACACACACACACACUCUCACUCUCUCUCUCUCUCACACACACACACACACACACACAUAUUUGAUAAAUUCAAUAUAAACCAACUGGGCAGCAGGGGUCAGAGCAAAAUCCUAGCUGGAUUUCCUAAAUGGCUGCCUGUUUGAUAAGAGGCUGGACUGCAUGCUGUGGUCACACACACACACACACACACACACACACACACACACAGAAAUCAGACCUUAUUGAUGCACUUAUUUCCCCAACUGUAAAUACGCUCACAUGCUCUCACAAAUUAAAUUACACAGUGAUCAUACACUGGACAUCAAGCUGAGACCAGUAAGGCCCUUGGUGAGACUGGAAUAGUGACAUCAUCAGUAUGGGAUGAAUAGUCCCAACAGAGGACAUCCCUCACUCUGGACAGCACUGAGGGGACAUGGGUUGAGGCAGUUAUUUAAGACUGUGUGCUGCAGACAUCAAACAGUGUAACAAAGGACACUUUGUUUGAGCCACCAGUUGGGGGUUCUGGACUCUUAAAUAAUACUCAGUAUAUCCCAACUCGGAGUUGAAAACACAACUUCUGGUGGGUCUAUCAAGCAUAUAACAUCUUACAUAGUAAGGGUUUCUAUAUAUUUUGUAAUGGUAAAAAAAAUGUUUCAUUCUAGUUGUCCUAAAAUAUCCUUAUCCUGUAAAUAGAUAUUAAAGAAAUAUGAUAAUGUGAUUUUUCUAAAUAACUGAUUCAAAGCUGAAGUUACCUCUUGGGUAGGGGGUGGGGGUUGUGUAUGAGAAUUUUCUCUACACAAAGGCAUUUUACUGCCAGACAGCCUUUACCAAAUGUUUGAAGUCAGAUUCCGUGGCGUAUACAUCUGUAACCUGUAUGUUCUCAGUAUUAAGCCUCAAUAUUUCUUUCUGGAUUUUGUUUUGUUUUGAAAUGAAAGCGGCCAAAGAUGUUUAUUCUAAAAUAAAAGUGUUGAAUAUUAACAAAGGUUUUUUAUACUCUAUCUGUUGACCAACA